AUGGAGUUUCUGCAAGAUUUACCAACUUUUACUGCCUUUCUUGCUAUUAUCCUAACAUUUAUCCUCGCAAAAAUUGUUUCUUUUGCUGUUUCUUGCUCUGAUAUUGAUGAAGACGAGGUUUCUUGUUCGGACAACGAAGGCCCAGUUGCGAAAGACUCGACUUUGGCUAAAGGGUCGAGAGUUAGAACUGCGAAAGGCAAAACGAAGGUGAAAUUUCUUGACGAUGUCUUUGUAAGGAGACUUGAUCGUUAUGAGGGUUUUGAAAAUCUUCAAUUGUUGGAUAUAAAUGUUGAGCGAUUCGGAGAAAACGAUGUAAAUCAAGAAUUAAGUGAGAAAGUGAUCAAUGAAAAAGUUGAAUUGCAAAUUGAGGAUGAACUUGCAGGUGACAAUGGGGAUGGGGCUUUUAGUGAAAAUCACAAGAGUUCAGGGAUUAGUGUGCAAGAAGGUGAGCAAGAAGGGAAGGGAUUAGUGGGAUGUGAUGAAAAUGAGGAAAAAGCGAUAGUCGAGAGUGUCGAUGGUGAUGUAGAUGAUGAUUGGGAGGGAAUAGAGAGAAGUGAGCUGGAGAAAGUGUUUGCGGAGGCCGUUAAUUACUUGGAGUAUGGAGGGAAAGGGAAGGAUAAAGAUUGUGAGGACAGCAAGUUGGCUAAAUUGGGUAGUGAUGUGCAAAUGGAGUUGUACGGGCUUCAUAAGGUGGCGGUUGAGGGGCCCUGCCACGAGCCUCAGCCGAUGGCGUUCAAAGUGGCUGCUCGUGCCAAAUGGAAUGCAUGGCAAAAGCUCGGAAGCAUGAGCCGGGACAUGGCCAUGGAGAAGUACAUUAAACUCCUAUCCGAUAACAUACCCGGUUGGGUACAUGAUUAUUCCAUGGAUUUUUCUAAGUUGGAAGCUAUAGAAAAAACACCUGAUCCAGAGCCAGAAAGGAAAUCGGAAAGUUCUCUCCACAAGGAUGAUAAUAAGGUAUAG